UAUUACGUCACCACCUUGCAUAGUAACCCUUGCUGCGUCGCAGAGACAGAGGAAAGCAAAAGGAUGGGUUUGCUAUCGAUCCUGCGCAAGCUGAAGAGUGCCCCUGAUCAGGAAGUGCGAAUUCUUCUCCUGGGGCUGGACAAUGCAGGAAAAACAACACUCCUCAAACAGCUGGCGUCCGAGGACAUCAGUCACAUCACUCCUACACAGGGCUUCAACAUUAAGAGUGUCCAGUCUCAGGGUUUCAAACUGAAUGUCUGGGACAUCGGGGGACAGAGAAAGAUCAGACCCUACUGGCGAAAUUACUUUGAAAACACAGACGUGCUGAUUUAUGUUAUUGACAGCGCGGACAGGAAGAGGUUUGAAGAAACAGGACAGGAGCUAGCAGAGCUGCUUGAUGAGGAGAAGCUCAGCGGUGUUCCUGUCCUCAUCUUCGCCAACAAGCAGGACCUGCUGACUGCGGCGCCCGCCUCUGAGAUUGCAGAGGGCCUCAAUCUGCACACCAUCCGCGACCGCAUCUGGCAGAUCCAGUCGUGCUCGGCGCUGACCGGGGAAGGCGUGCAGGAUGGCAUGAAUUGGGUCUGCAAAAAUGUGAAUGCAAAGAAAAAGUAGAACUGUAAAGGCUGUUCAUGUAUUUCAAAAGGAAAGUGCACUAGAAGAGAUUAAACAGCUGGACCAGAGAGAACAUGAACUUCACUCUCUGAACUCGACCACAACUUUUAUCACACAACUACAGCAACAGCAUCUACUACACACCAAGAUAAUCUCAACCAUCAUCACACAGCUACACACCGAGAGAAUCUCAACCAUCAUCACACAGCUACACACCAAGAGAAUC